UCAUCAGCUGUGCUGGGAAGCAUGGUGUUUGUGUACAGUGCUGUUCAAGUCAUUCCAAGCGGAGGCUGACAGUGAGGACUCCGCAGACACGGCUAUUCAUACUGUGUUGAAUACUUUUUCCAGGAUUCUUAUUAUUCAGUUAUUGAAAUCAGUUUUUUUUUUUUUUAAAUCUGCGCAAUGAAUUUGCUAUAUCUGCUAUACGGAGUGGUUCCUCUUAUAAUCCUAACAGGAUCUGUCCAAUGCUCAGAAGAUGAGACUCGCCUGGUCAGUGACCUGUUCUCAAACUACAACAAAGUUGUGCGUCCUGUCAAUCACUAUAAGGAUGCAGUGAAAGUUACUGUGGGCCUGCAGCUCAUCCAACUCAUCAGUGUGGAUGAAGUCAACCAGAUUGUUACCAGUAAUGUGCGACUGAAACAGAAAUGGGAAGAUGUGAAUUUACGAUGGGACCCAAGUAAUUAUGGUGGAAUUAAAAAGAUCAGAGUUCCCUCCACUGACAUUUGGUAUCCAGACAUUGUUCUCUAUAACAAUGCUGAUGGUGACUUUGCCAUUGUACACAAGACCAAAGUUCUGCUGGAGUACACGGGCAUGAUCACAUGGAAUCCACCUGCCAUCUUUAAGAGCUACUGCGAGAUCAUUGUGCUGUACUUCCCCUUUGACGUGCAGAACUGCUCUAUGAAACUGGGAACCUGGACAUAUGAUGGCAACUUGGUUAGCAUUGAGCCGGAUGGUGAAAGGCCUGACCUGAGUAACUUCAUGGAGAGUGGUGAGUGGGUAAUGAAGGACUACCGUGGCUGGAAGCACUGGGUGUACUACAGCUGCUGCCCCGACACGCCGUACCUGGACAUCACCUACCACUUCCUCCUGCUCCGCCUGCCCCUCUACUUCAUCGUCAACGUCAUCACCCCCUGCAUGCUUUUCUCGUUCCUUACUGGCCUGGUCUUCUACCUACCUACAGACUCUGGAGAGAAGAUGACUCUCAGCAUCUCUGUUCUGCUGUCCCUGACUGUGUUCCUGCUGGUCAUUGUGGAGCUCAUCCCCUCCACCUCAAGUGCAGUGCCACUCAUUGGGAAGUACAUGCUCUUCACCAUGGUCUUUGUCAUCGCUGCCAUCAUCAUCACUGUUGUCAUCAUCAACACCCAUCACCGCUCCCCCAGCACCCACACCAUGCCACAGUGGGUGCGCAAGAUUUUCAUCGACACCAUUCCCAACCUCAUGUUCUUCUCAAAUAUGAAAAGGCCCUCCAAGGAGACACAGAAGAAUAUCUACUCUGCUGACCUUGACAUCUCAGAAAUUUCAGGCAAGCCCAUGCCUGCCACCUUCCACCCUCCCAUCACCAAGAAUCCUGAUGUCCGCAGUGCCAUCGAAGGUGUCAAGUACAUUGCCGAAACCAUGAAGUCUGAUGAGGAGUCCAACAAUGCUGCAGAGGAGUGGAAAUUUGUUGCCAUGGUGAUGGAUCACAUUCUGCUGUGCGUCUUCAUGGCCGUGUGCAUCAUUGGCACCCUGGGUGUGUUUGCUGGCCGCCUCAUUGAGCUCAACAUGCAGGGCUAGAGCCUCCAGGGACACACACUCAUGUGAGAACCUGCUGGAGCCUUACCCUUUGUCCUGUACAAACCCAUACAUUCUUUGGACAUGCCACCUCAUCACUGGACUUGGAUCAAAGUGAAGCUGUCUUUUCAUUUAUCAAGAUAUGCUGUUCAUCUUUUCAUCUGCAAUCUCUAAAGUAAGGUAAUGUGCUAAUCUGAGGAUUAAUUAACCGUAAAUGAGGUAGAGGUUUGUAUCCACUUCUUCAUGACUAAACAGGCCGAGGGAUACUAUGGCACCUGCCUGGUGUUCUCAUUCGCCCAUAUGCAGAAGCCAAGUGAGGACAGAAUGGACACUAUGCAAGAAAAAGUAAAGGAAAAUCAAGUUUAUUCAACCGUGGUUUCAGCACAUAUAUUGUGAGUUUGUUUAUUUUUGAGGGAAUAAUUAGUAUUGUGAGGUUGAGUGCUAACCAUCUGGCAACAUUAAAGCAGGUACAGACAUAAACCGAAUCCAUUCUUAGCCUUUGGCCACAAAUUGUUUUUUGUCAUUAAAUGGAAGUAGAGAGCAGAGCAGUUUAGUCUGUAAUAAGUUAAGUACUGGGUGAAAUUUCGAGUUUCAAGUCAAAUUAAUGCUUAAUAUAGCCAAAUAUGUUUCCUACUUUGUUUUGUUUGCUUGAAUCUGUGAAACAAGAGAUUAAUAAAAUAUUGAAGUCGCAGACAGAACCAUUUAA